AAAAAACGAAGCUACGACAAAGAUUUUGCUAUUUCGGAAUAUUUGUAGAGGAACAAAUAUUAAUUUAACUUAAAAGCUACUAAAUUAGUACCCAGAAAUGAGUGUACGUAUUAUGAAAAAACAUAUUUGGUGUACCCAAUAAUACCCGUUAGUUCGUAAUCUUUUGGGUUUUUUAAGGUUAUAAUCAAAGGACCACAAAUACCACAAUGGAAGACUCUUCGAAAUACCAGCAGAUGCAAGAUGAAAUGUCCAGGUUCGAAGCAGAGAUAUCGGGCACUGAUCUCCCGAUGGCGCCGCGGGCGGUGAUAGGCGCGGGCACGUUCGGCGCAGUGCAACAACAACUAGAGCGCGCGGUGCCGCCGCCGCCGCCGCCGCCCAGCCUGAUGCCGGGGUUCGAUCCGGCGUUGGCGGCGCGCAUGAUGUACCCUACUGUACCGCCACCGCCACCGCCGCCGACUAUGAUGGUGCCGGCGUCGGUCCAAAGACUCCGGCCACCAAUGGGUGCUGAGGGCUUCCCCGGCCCCAUACCGUUCCUCCGCCCAGGGCUACCGGGCCCGCAGCUGAUCCCGCCGCCGCCGAAGCCCCAGCCUGUCGUGCUGUCCGCCGCGCCCAAACUGUACAAACAGCCCAAGGAAGAUGAAGAGAAAAAGGAGAAACAUGAGAGCAAAAAGAGGAAGCGCUCGCCGCCGCCGCCGCCGCAGCGUGCGCCGACGCCGCCGCCGCCUGAGCCUGCGCCCGCGCCGCCGCCGCCGCCCGUCAUCUCCGUGCCCGAGCCCGGCGUCCCCAAGCCCAAAAAGGAGAAAAAGAACAGAAAGGUGGUCCGAACCGCCGGCGGCCAAGUCUGGGAGGACGUGACGCUGCUCGACUGGCCCGACGACGACUUCCGCAUGUUCUGCGGAGACCUCGGCAAUGACGUCACCGACGAGCUCCUCAUCCGGACCUUCAGCAAGUACACCUCCUUCCAGCGCGCCAAAGUCAUCCGAGACAAGCGCACAAACAAGAGCAAAGGCUUCGGCUUCGUCAGCUUCAAAGACCCCGGAGACUUCAUUAAAGCAAUGAAAGAAAUGGACGGAAGAUACGUCGGCAGCAGACCGAUCAAACUAAGGAAGAGCACGUGGAAGAAUAGAGCUUUAGAUGUUGUCAGAAAAAAGGAGAAAGAAAAGCAAGCGCUACUCUCUCUGCUGCUCUCGGGAAAUAAGAGCUGACAGGAGAAUAACGCCUGAACGGCUGUGAUGUGAGUGGUAGAUGUAAUAGGCUAGUUUCCUAAA